AUGACCUCAACAAUUGCAUUAGACUCCUCUAAAUAUUUUACACUUUGUGGUUUGGGUGGUGCCAUUGCUUGUGGUACCACCCAUGCGGCAAUUACGCCUUUGGAUUUGAUCAAGACUCGACACCAGGCUACUAACAUAACUGGUGGCUCGUUAUAUACCGGUGUUGGAGCAACCUUCAUAGGCUAUUCGUUGCAAGGUGCCGGUAAGUACGGGUUUUACGAAUACUUUAAACAGAAAUAUAGUCUUUUGGUUGGACCCAAAUAUGCUCACGAGUACAAGACUGGUAUAUACUUGGCAGCUUCUGCUUCAGCAGAAUUCUUGGCCGAUAUUGCCUUAUGUCCAUUGGAAACAAUCAAGGUCAAGACUCAAACGACAUCUCCACCAUUUUGUAAUUCAGUAUGGCAAGGAUGGUCGAAGAUUGUUAAGCUGGAGGGUGUUGCGGGAUUGUAUAAGGGUAUUGUUCCAUUGUGGUUUAGGCAAAUCCCAUAUACAAUGGUUAAAUUUGCUACUUUUGAAAAUGUCGUUGAUAGAAUAUAUUCAUUUUUGGGAAAACCUAAGAAGGAAUAUACUGCAUUGCAACAAACUGGUGUGUCAUUUUUGGGUGGUUAUAUAGCCGGUAUAUUUUGUGCUGUUGUAUCUCACCCUGCGGAUGUCAUGGUGUCUAAAAUCAACACUGACAAAGUUCCUGGGGAAUCGUCAAGCCAGGCCAUUAGUAGGAUUUAUGGUAAAAUCGGAUUCGCAGGGUUAUGGAAUGGAUUGACUAUAAGAAUCUUUAUGAUUGGUACAUUGACUGGAUUCCAAUGGUUGAUUUAUGAUUCAUUCAAGGUCUGGGUUGGAUUACCAACAACAGGAGGUCACUAG